CUGACAAUUGACUUAAUUUCCAGGAUUCAGACAUUGUUACAACCUAAACAUGCACCAAUGUAGUCGGCAAGAAUGUCAUUAGUCGGUGGUGGUGGUUAGUGGCACUGUGAGUAGUGCCAGUGGUCGGUAAUAGUGUUGGCUGGCAUGGAAAAUUGGGUGCUGGGAUAGUGUCAUGUGGGUAGUGGCACUGGUGUGAGUAGUGGCAGCGGUCAGUGUUAGCGGUGUCCUGGCAUGGAUCUGGCGUGAUGGUUAGUGCCCCUCGCGACACUGCUGCUGUCAAGAGCCCCGCCAUGGCUGGGGGGUUCCCCCGCAGCUGCUCUUGGUCCGUCACCCCCGCCACCCCGCCCGUCGCCGCCCUCUCCCCCCCAGACAACCCACUCCCCCUCAACGACGGUGCACAUCGCAGUAGAUGUUACGACGACCACUUGAGAAAGCGUGCUAGCUUGUCCAUGGUGGUGGGUGGGUUGUGGAGCCCUACACGCCCCAACCACCACAACCCACGCCCUGACCGCGCCGCACGGCGCUCCUUGGGCGCAGUGUGGCGUGUAUCCUCGUCUAGUCCUGCGCGCCAGCUAGGAGCAUGGCUAGGCCGCAGACCUCGGUCCUUCGCUGGCACAGAGGACAACGUGAGUGCCAUGUUUAGCAGUGGGCAUACCCUGGCACCACCCACGUCACCAGUGCCCUCGCUCUGCUCCUCCUCCCCUGAGCCACCCUCACCCCUGGAGUCGUCAGGGGCACGUAAGGUGAGCGGUGGCUCUAUCGGGACGGCACUCUGCCUCAGCAGCAGUCCCUCGGCUGCCUCCCUCUCCACCCUCAACAAGACUGCCGCUCCUCGUCGCCCCACACGCCUUGUCAUCAGUGGGCGGGCACGGCCACGCCGCCUCUACCACACUCCCUGUGUCUCUAGGCUGUGUAACGUGACGGUGACGCGGCUGCAGGUAACGCAGCCUCUGGGCGGAGACCUCAACUCCGUCACGCUGGCGGUCAAGAUGCAAUCGUCGAAGCGAACACUCCGCUCGAACGAGAUCCCUCUCCCUCCCAGCGGCACUCUCGAUAUAGAGCUCCAGCUCACCUUCUCCCUACAGUACCCACACUUCCUGAAGCGAGAAGGUAACACACUGCAAAUUAUGCUCCAGCGACGCAAAAAGUACAAAAACCGUACCUUUCUUGGCUUCAAAACUCUUGCUGUCGGGGUCGUCAACAUGUCACAGGUUUUGCAACGUCCCGUAGAUCGGGAACUAGAACUAUACAGUGAAGGGAAAGAGAAGGGAACAUCUCUAGCACGAGUCACGAUGGUCUCCCUCUCCUCCCAACCAGUUGACACGGAUGAGCCAACAGAGAGAACAAAGUCUUUCAUGGCUGAUAAUCCAGCUCUGGCCUCCCUCUUGGUCCUGCUUUCGCGAGGGCUCUCUCAGGGUCUGCCUCAAGGGGGGUCUUCUCCACUGCUGUGUCCUGAUAACCCCAUUGUAUGUCUUCCAUCACUCACUCGGAUACCAGGUCUUACAGAUCGUUCAGUGGACCUCGUAGAAGUCUACAGUGAUGAUGACGAGGAUUACAGCUCGCAAGAUGAGGGUAGCGAUUCUGAGCCUAUUCUAGAAGAUGGCUCAAGAAGGACUCAUCAUCAUUUGAGAUCCAGCACGCGUUCCAAAAGUUUACCCCCUAAUGCCCGGCAACGAAACCUAAAACAGAGGUUUAUUGCAUUGCUCAAAAGAUUCAAAGUUCCAGAGGCUCUACAGGCAUUUGAUCAGGAUCAAGAAUUGGAUCCCAGAACAGGUGGUGAAGUGGAUGAAGCAGAAAUUGAAGAUUUGUUUGAUGAGUUGGAGGAUCUCAGCGACUCUGGACCAGAAGUUGACACAAUCUCCAUCACUUCAACACCAAAACCUUCACUCCGGCCAUAUUUCUCCUCUUCUAGAUCUCUACUUAAUGAAGGGGGUACUUACCUACGAUUGAAGGUACCAGGUGCGUUACGUCCUCGUGGUAUUAAAGCAGACAAAGUGGGAGCAGACAGAUUAAGCGAUGAAAGUAGUAAAAGAGCAGACAGUGACCACAUGGAGAACUGGACAGACCAAGAGCACUCGGAUCCCCAGUGCUUGGCCUCCUCCCCACCUAGAGAAGAUAAGAAUAAAAGCAACAAGAAUAAGCUGUUUAACAGAGAUCGCAGCAAUAUGUCAUUAAAAGAACGAAAAAGUAUUACAUCGACUGGUGGGUCAACACCUCGUCAAGAGAAGAUGGUUGUUGAGCGCUCAAACUCCAGUGCCAAUGUGGAUUCUAGUCCGAGAAAGGUAUUGUUAGAACAGUUGGCACGAGUACUACCACUAGAAGAUGUACAACUUCCUGACCAUGUUGUCCUUGUAAACACUGGAGAUUCCCAUGGUGCACUACUGGCUGCGCACCUUACUGAGCACGGACAUCGUGUCAUCACAACUAUGGCCUUGGCUGAUGUUAAAGCUACUGUCUCCCAUCUUGUAAAUAAAUUACAGAAAUUCUGCAACAGCAAUUUAAAAGCACCAGGCCCCAUGAAGGUGGUAGUAGUUGGGUCUGAUCUAUAUAUCAGCUGUGUGUUACGUCCUUAUGUAGACCAGUUCUCUUCCAAGCCACCAGAUUUCCAAAAUCAUGUUAGAUUUCUCAUCAUUCCUCUUGGUGUAAAUAGUUUAGCAAAGUACUUAGGAUCCAUAGACUCUGUAUAUGGUGAAGCUUUUGUCAGUGAAUCAUGGCGAGAGGUUGUAGAACGCUGGGAAAAGCCUGAUGUUCAAGAAGUUGUUAACCGCGUCCAUCACUACCUCACACAAGCACAGCAAACAUUACAUCUGCCUAUUGCUGAGGCCAUGUUAACUUACAAGGAAAAGAGUGGAGAUGAUGAAUCAUCUCAAGCAUUUGUGCCAUUCAUAAUGGAUGUCCGGUUGGGUAGUGGUGAUGUGACAUCAUCUUCAGUUGACCUUGAUGACCCUAUAACCGCUCCAGCAGCUGUAAUACUUCCUGGCUCUCCUCCAGCAGCAUCAACACCUACAACGGGACUGAAUAUUGAUAAAACUCGGGACAACACUACUCCUCCAUCAUCACCAAAUAUUAAUAGUUCACAUUUAGCCAACUACAAACUGAUAUCUGAAGGUAUAGGCCAGGAGCCCCUUGAUCUUCAGGUUGAUUACUGGCUGGUGCGGGGAUCAGGUCGGGAAGAAAAAGAAAAGGACAAAGAGAAGGAUAAGGCAAGAGUUGAAGGUGGAAAAUAUACCCUCAAGACGAGCUUCCGUACCCUGCAAGUGGCUCGGUUGGCACCUCUUGGUGUGACACAUCCAUUUGAUCCUAGCACGUGCCAUCACCUAACACUGUCAUUUGCCACAAAGGAAAAGAAACAAAGAAUUAUGCGGCUCGGCAAAAAGAAGGAAAGGGAGCGUGAAACAGAGAGUCGAAGAGAAGUUGUAGAUGGUGUGAGUAGAUUAUUGGGAAGUGCCAAGAAUCAACCAUUUAAAGUGAGCGUAGAUUCUGCAGAGUGGACAAAUGUGAAGUUCUUCCAGUUGUCCUCGCAGUGGCAGACACAGAUCAAAUACUUCCCUAUCUCUCUCUUUAGUCUACAAGACUCAAACUUGUGACUCAGUACCUUUCAAGAAUCUGAAAAUUAGCCUUUUCUUCAACUCCAGGACACAACUUGACCACAAGCAUCAGAAGUUAGAACUUUAGGCCACCACAAUAUGCAGCUUAACACCACAAGCCAUUGAACAAUCUCAUGUAGUGAUUCCUAUAAUUUGUCACACUUUGAGGAAUAAUCAAGUCAAGCAAGUUUAAGAAGAACACCCGUGAAAAUAAUUCUUCAAAGAUGUCACUAUUAGAGAUUGUGAAUUUUUUUUUUUAUUAUGAAAUGUUACCAGGAAGGCUUUGGACAGCUUGAAGGAUAGGCAAAUAGAAUUUAGUCAGCAAUCCUUGAUCUCAUGUCUAAAAUUGAGUGUUGUCUGCCAUAUAAAAUGAAAGCGUGAAAAUAUAAAUGUUAAGGACUCAGUGUCUAGGCUUAUGUGGUACCUGAAAUACGUCAUACUCAACAGUUUUAAAAUUAAAAUAACCUGUCAUUUGUAUAACAUACAAAUACUUUUCAAAUUUUUCCUUUUUCUUAAUUGUUGAGUGUGCCAGAUAUUUUAGUUACUAUAAAUCUAAUUGUUUUGUUGUGGACUAUUUGAUUCAAGAAUAUAUAAAAAUUGUAAUUUAUGAAACAUUGUAUAUCAAAAUUUACUCAUACAUAUGGUACAUUAUAAAUUAAAUACUAUAAAUAUUCAUAAAAUAACAUUAUAAAUUAAUUUUUCUUUAAAAUAUUAAUUUGGUUUUGUACCACUAUACCAUUAGUAAAAAUAAAUCAUUACCAAAAACUAGUGGAAAAUUAAGUAAAGCAUAAUUAUGCAUUAAGUGAUCAUAACCAUCUUUGAGAGAGAAAUGCCGUCUCUCAGUAUCUUGCUUCCUAGUUGUUGUGUAUGUUUUGAAAAAGUAUGAAUUUGUGUGUUAUUAAUUGCUUCUCAGUGAAAUAUUCAUGUGUAGAUAAAGUAUGCUUUCUCAUUCUGUACGAUUGUUGUGAUGGUGUAUUUUUGUAUGACUGCAUGAUAUGAUGAUAAACUAGAUUGUGAAGCAAGUUUAGUUAUGGCCUUAUUAAGCACAAACCUUCUUUAUAAUGUGAGUGAAGGGAGAAGGUAUAGGAUGACAGAAAUUGUUUUAAGUUUUAUAAAAUUUUAUAAAUUUCAUCUAAAGUUGUAGAUAUGACUUAUACAAUAAGGCAAAAGAAGAUAACUUUAUUAAAAAAAACUGCUAUAAUAACUCUGAGACCUAUAUUGCUAAUGUUUAGUGAAUUGCCUACAAGAUUUUAUACACUCAUUGCACUUACUACAUUAACAGUGAAAGUUCUAGUGUCUACAAACCUCAUCUGAAAAUUUUGCAAAUGUGCAUUGUUCACUGAAAAGAAAUAAGAUAUAUCCUUUCAAUUUUCAUAUACAAACGUGGUUAUUUUAAAUAACUAAGUAGGAGCAAUAAGAUAUAAUUAGAAUUUUUACACCAUUUUAAGUAGGUGGUGCCAAACCCAUAGUUUGGUUAGAACUUGCUAGUCAGGCACCCAGAUGGUGAGUUGGCCUGCUAAAUUUGUGCACAUAGGUCCUUAAAGAUAUCAAGCUUACCUAGUCAGGAUUGGAUCAGACCCAGAACAGACUAUUCAAAACCUUGAAUAUUCAACACUGAUGCAUAACUUCAAAGAUAUAUUUAAAAAAUAUUGAAAGUUAGUUUUGAAGAGGCAGUUGUAAUAUAAACUAUGACAAAAAUGCUGACAGCAAAAGCAUGAGGGUUGACCCAAAGAAAAUACUGAGGAUCACACACCAAAUUAUGGGUUUCUAGUAUAUAUACAGUUAAACCUGAACUCUCCCUACAUCUGUUCCUGCCCAUAUGUGGAUACAUUAAUUCAUUUUGAUACAGCUGUAUAGUCCUUGUGGCUUAGCGCUUCUUUUUGAUUAUAAAUAAUAAUCAUUUCGAUACAAAAUUUUACAUAACAUUGCUCUUAAUAUGUAUAAGUAAAAAGGUGAGUGCCGCCUUAUGUAUUUGUGGUGACAGACUGUCUGACCUGGUGUAACUGUUUAUGAUGAGAGACCAAAACACUACAGUGUUGUACCCAAGUGCUUAAGUUUUACUUUCUUGCAGAGUUAACACCCUGUAAUUGUGAGAUUGACUUAUGAACUAUAUUUAGGUGGAGAAAGGAUGAAAUGAUAAAAAAAAAAAAAAAAAAAGGUUUAACUUUCAGAACCAGAAUGUCCACUUUAGGUUAUAAGAGGUCCAUUAUUAUUACACCAUACAAUCACAGGAAUGUAGCAGAUUCAUAGGAAUCAUACAGCACCUGGGAAUUGAAGGUAAUAAGGGGAUCAAGAGCCUCUCACUAACAUAAGGGUAGGGGUCAGCAACAUCUGGCCAAAGAUAAUGCACAAAUGUGGGGGGACUUUAGUCAGAUUAAUAAAUCAGGACUUACUUAGGGAAUGGGAGUAGAUAUUUUUCAAGAGCACUUUAAUUAGGAAGAUCACUCAGUGCUCUUGGCAAUUAAAAAGAAAAUAGGCUAAUAACACCCAUGGUAAAACAAGAGCAAAAAAUAUAUAUUGUAUGCUGUACACACACACAUAUGUACGUACGUACAUUACAAACUCAAUUAAAUGUUAAAAAAAGCUAAAUUACCCUGAGACCUCUACAGGCCUCCAAAUAAUUAGAAAAAUAAGACAAGCAAGAAUGCUGACAUAUAGAGCAAAUAGUUUAAAAUGUGCUCCACAGGAUCUUGCCUUCAAGGAUCAUAAUAGUGCCACUAUCACAUCUGCGAGGAAAAUGAUAGGAUGGAUAAUGAGAACAUUCAAGAGAUGCCAAGCCACCUUUUUUAAAUCACUUAUUCUUUCUAGGCUGGAAUACUGCUGUACAUUAACAUCUCCAUUCAAAACAAGUGAAAUUGCAGACCUAGAGAAUGUACUGAGAACCUUUACUGCACAUACAAGUUCCAUCAAACACCUUAACUACUGUGAACACUUGGAAGCACUUGACUGGUACUCACUAGAGUGCAGGCGAGAUACAUCAUAAUCUACACCUGGAAAAUUCUAGAGGGACUGGUCUCUAAUCUGCAGAAAUCAUUCCCUAUGAAAGCAAAAGACUUGGCAGGUGAUGCAACAUACCCCCAAUGAAAAGUAGGGGCGCUGUUAAUACACUAAGAGAAACCACAAGUGUCCAGGGCCCAGGACUUCAACAACCUCCCACCAUCCAUAAGGGGAAUUACCAAUAGAUCCCUUGUUGUCUUCAGGAGGGAGCUGGACAGAUACCUAAAGUCAGUGCCAGAUCAGCCGGGCUGUGGUUCAUACGUUGGACUAUGUACAGCCAUCAAUACCAGCCUUGUUCCACUGGGGGGGGCUGUAUAGG